UAAUUAAAAAGGGAAACUUUACUCGGUGUAUAAUUAAUUAACUCACGCCCCCAAGUCGCAAUAGUCAAAACCAAACUCUCUGAUAUCAAUAUUACUCUGCUUCUUCGUUCGAUUCAUCUCCCUCAAUGGCGAAAAUUUCAUGGGAAUCUCGAAUACUUUUCUUCUUCAAUCCAUCCUGAUCUUAAAAAUCCCUCCUUUAUCUGUUUCCACUGCGUUUUCGCGUUCAAAGAACAGAUGCAAAUGGAAAACGGCGCGUUGGUUUGGAUGCACGCGUGGUGGUUGUUCUUUUUCCUCACUGUUCGAUCCCAGAGCCUGAUUUGUUACUCCGGCGACGUCGCCGCGCUUAUCGGCUUCGCCGAUGGUCUGGACUCGCCGUCAUCACUGUCAUCCUGGACCGCGAACGCUUCCUCGAACUGCUGCAACUGGACCGGAGUCGAAUGCGGCCCUGAGUCGAAUUCCGGCCGGCGAGUCACUCACCUGAAUCUUGCGAACAAAAGCCUUUCAGGCUCUAUAUCGAAUUCUAUCGGAGCUUUGGAUCAGCUUAUAUCUUUGAAUCUUUCGCAAAAUUCUCUGAAAGGCUUCGUUCCUUUUGGCAUCUUCCAGCUGCAGAGCUUGAAGGUUCUCGACCUCAGCAUGAACGACCUCUCUGGGCCAAUUGCAGCAAACAUCACUCUCGCUUCCAUACAAGUUUUCAAUGUCUCAGGAAACAUGUUUAAUGGCAGCCGCCCAAACCUUGGGAGCUCGAAACUUCUCACCUUGUUCGAUAUCAGUAACAAUUUGUUCUCCGGCGGCAUCGAUGCCGAAAUCUGCAACGCAUCUCCUGGAGUUCAGUUUCUUUACUUUUCCAUGAAUUUGUUUUCUGGUGAGCUUCCGGUGGGGUUUGGAAACUGCAGCUCGCUCCGUGAGCUCUCCCUGGGCAUGAAUGAGAUGACUGGUAAUUUACCGGAGGAUAUAUUCAAGCUGAAAUCUUUGUCAAAAUUAUAUCUUGAGGGUAAUCAGCUAUUCGGGAGGUUAAGCGAUCGGAUUAGCAAUCUAUCUAACCUUGUGCAUUUGGAUCUUUCGUUCAACAAAUUUUCCGAUAAUAUCCCAAAUGUUGUUGGGAAUUUAAAAGAGUUGCAAUGCUUCAGUGCUCAAUCCAAUCGUUUCUCGGGCGGAAUUCCUGCUUCCUUAUCAAACCUGUCAGGACUUGGAGUGUUGAAUCUGAGAAACAAUUCCUUGAGCGGUGAGAUCAAUCUCAAUUUCACCGGAAUGGCUGGGCUCACAUCUCUUGAUCUUGGGUCAAAUUUAUUCUCCGGCAUGAUCCCUCCCAAUCUCUCUAGCUGUUCAAAAUUGCAGACACUGAAUCUUGCUAGUAACUUACUCACUGGAGAAAUCCCAGAAAGCUUCAGGAACCUUAUUUCACUGACUUAUCUUUCGCUUUCCAGGAACUUAUUUUCCAAUCUGAAUGCAGCGUUGAGUGUCCUGCAACAUUGCCCAAACCUCACCAAUCUUGUUCUCACCAAAAACUUCAAUGAUGGCGAAGAGAUUCAGGUCGAGGGAAUUCAAGGUUUUCCCAAUAUGGAAGUUCUUGCAAUUCCAAACUGUGGUCUUUCAGGAUCCAUUCCAACAUGGCUGCAGAACUGUACCAAGCUGAAGGUAUUGGAUCUCUCUUGGAAUAACUUAUCCGGUGUCAUUCCUCCCUGGUUGGGAGAUUUCAGUAAUCUUUUCUAUUUGGAUAUUUCAAACAAUUCACUUAUGGGAGAAAUACCGGAUGGCUUGACCCUCAUGAAGGGACUGAGGUCCAAAGCUAAUUUGGAGCAACCAAGUUCCUUGAACGAUUUCCCUUUCUUCAUCAAAAAGAAUACCACAGGUAAAGGGCUUCAAUAUAAUCAGGUCAGCAGCUUCCCACCUUCUUUGAUUCUUAGCAAGAACAUGCUUGUUGGAUCAAUCCCGAAAGGUUUCGGAAAUCUAAAGGCCCUGCAUCAACUUGAUCUAAGCCAAAAUAGACUCUCCGGGACAAUACCAGAGGAGCUAUCCGGCAUGUCAAGCUUAGAGCUAUUGGAUUUAUCCCACAACAAUCUCACUGGGAACAUUCCUUCAUCUCUGACGAAACUCACUUUUCUCUCACGCUUCAUCGUAGCUUUCAAUGAUCUGGUUGGUUCAGUUCCAACUGGAGGCCAGUUCUCCACCUUCUCUGCUGCAGAUUUUGAAGGUAACCCUGGCCUUUGUUACUUCCAUUCCCCAGCCUGCACUCACGUUGAACCCACACAAUCAAUAAACCGACCAGGGAAGAACAAAGGUGUGAUAAUUGGAAUGGCAUUUGGAAUUGGUCUUGGCACAGCUUUCCUUCUUGCAAUUGUAUACUUCGUACUGUCAAGAAAUUACUCCAGAAGAAGGGAAGAGAGGUUCAAACAGGUGGCUGAUUCAGGUCAUUUGGAAACUGCAGGUUCAAAACUAGUAAUUCUGUUUAAGAACAAGGAUAAGCAAGAACUAAGCAUCAGCGAUAUCAUGAAAUCCACAGGCAAUUUUGAUCAGUCCAACAUUAUUGGUUGUGGAGGAUUUGGUUUGGUUUACAAGGCAAUGCUGCCAGAUGGAAGCAAGGUUGCAAUCAAGCGACUCUCAGGCGAUUAUGGCCAAAUGGAUAGAGAAUUUCAAGCUGAGGUUGAAACACUUUCUAGAGCUCAACAUGAAAAUCUUGUUCUUCUUCAAGGAUACUGUAAAAUUGGGAAUGAUAGGCUGUUAAUUUACUCUUACAUGGAGAAUGGAAGUUUGGACUACUGGCUUCAUGAGAAGUUUGAUGGAGGAUCUGCACUGGACUGGAACACAAGGCUUCAGAUUGCACAGGGAGCUGCAAGAGGAUUGGCAUACCUGCAUCAAUCUUGCCAGCCACAUAUUCUGCAUCGAGACAUCAAAUCGAGCAAUAUUCUUCUCGACGAAAAUUUUGAAGCUCACUUGGCAGAUUUCGGUCUGGCAAGACUCAUUCUUCCUUACAACACUCAUGUAACUACUGAUCUGGUUGGAACUUUAGGCUACAUUCCACCAGAAUAUGGACAGUCAUCAGUAGCUACUUACAAAGGUGAUGUAUAUAGUUUUGGAGUUGUUCUUCUGGAGCUGCUUACAGGCAAGAGACCAGUGGACAUGAGCAAGCCUAAAAGCUGCAGGGAUUUGAUUUCAUGGGUGCUUCAGAUGAGAAAGGAGGGAAUGGAAGCCUACGUUUUAGAUCGAAUCAUCUACAACAAAGAGAAUGAAGGACAGAUGGUGAAGAUGCUUGAUAUUGCUUGCAUUUGCUUGAGCGAAUCACCUAGAAAUAGGCCUCUAACUCCACAGUUAGUCGCAUGGCUGAAUUCAAUUGGUAACGAUAAUCAAUAUGUAGAAAAUAAUAGUAGCUUAUGAAGAGCUUUAUGUAUAUAAUAGCUAUACAUUUCCGAAUACAAGUUAUUUUUUUCUUCUGAAGCAGUACUUCCAGAUAUGCAUAUUGAUCUACCGAUUACUAUGUAUCCAGGCAUGUUAUCAUGCUAUAAAAGAAAACUAAGUAAACAUAUUCAAGUUUUUAGCUUGCUAC